AUGGGGAUCGUGCAAAGUCGUGCCGGCGAGAGCGAUGGCGGUGUGCGCGAGGUGUUCAUCGGUGGUGUCAAGGGCGGCGCGCCUCAUCAAUCCUGUCAAGCUAGCCUUGGCAUGGGAAGUUUGGGUGGACCACACGCACGGAGUGGCAGCGUCCGUGGCGCGCCAAGACAACCGAUGCCCGACGCUGUCGAGCUCGAGAGGCGCUUCACCAAAGUGCUGGCUUCAAUGGAUUUGCCGCCGGAUAAGGCAAAACUGUUGAAACAGUACGACAACGAAAAGAAGUGGGACAUCAUAUGUGAUCAAGAAAGAGUGCAAGCGAAGGAUCCACCGUCGCACUACUUAGCAAAAUUACGUACCUACCUAGAUCCAAAAGCAUCGCGGAGCCAUCGAACGUAUCGUUUCCUUGCGUUUUUCCAGAAGAGAAAAAUAGUCGGGGAAUCGACAUCGACACAAGUACUCCGGGAUUUGGAAAUCUCUUUACGAACGAAUCAUAUAGAAUGGGUGAGGGAAUUUCUAGACGAGGAGAACCAAGGCUUAGAUGCCCUGAUAGACUACCUCAGCUUCAGGUUACUCAUGAUGAGGCACGAGCAGCGUCUUUUAGAAUGUCACACGAGUUCCGAAGAAAAAUUGCAAACCGCUGGUUCUGGGGACACCUCACCCCUAAAUAAUGGAUGCCUCAGGCCACCCCUUCACGAGCUUAAGGAUAGUCCUGGUGUUAAAAGGAGAUCUCGGCACGUGGCUCGUUUGAAUAUGGGUGAAGCGAAAGAUGAUAUUCACGUUUGCAUACUGUGCAUGCGUGCCAUCAUGAAUAAUAAGUAUGGCUUCAAUAUGGUUAUUCAGCAUCGGGAAGCGAUCAAUUGCAUCGCGCUUAGCUUAAUGCACAAGAGUCUAAGGACGAAAGCCCUAGUGUUAGAACUUCUUGCUGCGAUCUGUCUCGUGAAGGGUGGCCAUGAAAUUAUACUGUCGGCGUUUGACAAUUUCAAGGAAGUGUGUGCGGAAAGGCGAAGAUUUACAACGCUGAUGGCGUACUUCACGCAAUACGACAGUUUUCACAUAGAAUUCAUGGUCGCUUGUAUGCAGUUCGUGAAUAUCGUUGUUCAUUCGGUAGAAGAUAUGAAUUUCAGGGUACAUUUGCAAUAUGAAUUCACUAAACUCGGAUUGGACGAGUAUCUGGAGAAACUUAGGCAUACAGAGAGCGAGGAUUUGCAGGUUCAAAUCUCUGCGUAUUUAGAUAAUGUAUUUGAUGUAGCUGCCUUAAUGGAAGACAGCGAAACAAAGACUGCCGCUUUAGAAAAAGUUGCUGAACUAGAAGAUGAACUUGGUCACGCACACGACAGAAUGGCAGAAUUGGAAAGGGAAUCCCUCGCGAAAUUAGCGGAGUUAGAGACUGAACUAGGUGCAUUAAAAGUAGAAUAUGCCGAAGCGGUGGACGCUCGUCGAUUAGUUGAAGAGGAACUGACUGCCUUGAAAAGACAGAAGCAGGACUCGGCUCGAAGGCAAAGCGUCUUGGAAAACAAAAUCAUCGAAUUAGAAACCCUUACGGGUACACUUACCAAAGGUUCUACGGCGAAUCUUCGAAAUGGAUCUGUGACGAGUCCUCUGAAUAAUUCAGACAACACAUCGUCGCCUACGUUUAACUCGACUCCGUCGCCAACAUCUGCACAAAGUCCACCGCCAGCUCCUGCGCCACCUCCGCCACCGCCGCCUCCGUGUCCGCCACCGCCUCCUAUGGCAUCUCUUUCUCCAGGAGACCAAAAAUUACCACCACCUGCACCUAUACCUCCACCACCUGCCGGUAUGAUGCAAGCACCAGAUGGAGCAAUGACUAUUAAACGAAAGGUUCAAACGAAGUACAAACUUCCCACACUCAACUGGAUUGCCCUAAAGCCUAACCAAGUUCGAGGUACCAUAUUCAACGAAUUGGAUGAUGAUCGAUUGCAUAAUUAUAUAGACUUCUCCGACUUUGAAGAACGAUUUAAAAUUGGUAUGGGUGGUCACAUAGCUAACGGUACCAACGAAAUUGACGGACUUCAUAGUUUUCCUAGUAAACGAUUCAAGAAACCGGAAAAUGUAUCUCUUUUGGAGCAUACUAGAUUACGAAAUAUUGCUAUAUCGCGAAGAAAAAUGGAAAUGCCAGUAGAAAAAGUCAUUUCAGCCGUGAAUGCACUUGACCUGAAAGUACUUUCGCUGGAAAACGUGGAGUUGCUACAACGUAUGGUGCCUACAGAUCAAGAAAUUAAAGCAUAUAGAGAGUAUGUCAUAGAGAAGAAGAAUGUCAAUCUUCUAACUGAGGAGGAUAAAUUUUUAAUGCAACUUGGUAAAGUCGAAAGGAUAUCGACUAAGUUGUCUAUUAUGAAUUAUAUUGGAAACUUUUUUGACAAUUUACACCUCAUUACUCCACAAAUAUAUGCUGUGAUAUCUGCAUCGAGUUCAGUUAAGAGCUCGAAGAAACUGAGGGCAGUAUUAGAAAUUAUCCUUGCUUUCGGGAACUACUUAAACAGUAGCAAACGAGGGCCAGCAUAUGGAUUUAAAUUGCAGAGCUUAGAUACAUUACUUGACACGAAAUCAACGGAUAAGAGAAUGUGUCUCUUACACUAUAUUGUAGCUACAAUACGGGUUAAGUUUCCGGAACUUAUUAAUUUUGAAUCUGAACUUAUGUAUAUCGAUAAAGCUGCGACAGUUUCAUUAGAAAAUAUAACUACAGACGUCCAUGAAUUAGAGAAGGGUAUGGAUCUUGUAAGAAAAGAAUUCGAGCUUCGUGGUAAAGAGAAACAUAACACAGUACUACGAGAUUUCUUAAAUAACUCCGAAGAAAAGUUACGUCGGUUAAAAUCUGAUGCUCGUGCUGCUGGUGAAGCGUUUCGAGAAUGCGUUGAAUUCUUCGGGGAAAGUCCGAGACAAGUCGACGCAAAUACAUUCUUCUCUCUCCUUGUUAGAUUCGCAAGAGCAUUUAAGGCUGCAGAUCAGGAAAAUGAACAACGUCGUAGGUUGGAAGCUGCUGCUGCGGAAGCUUUGAAUACCUCAGAGGAAGUCAUUAAACGAAAUAAGUUAAAUCAAAAGAAACAACAGGACGCUGUGAUAAACGAAUUGAAAAACAAAACAAGACUAGUUCAGGAGAAGAAACUGUUGCAGCAGGAUGAAGUUUAUAAUGGUGCUCUGGAGGACAUUCUCCUUGGGCUCAGGUCGGAACCGUAUCGCAGAGCAGAUGCAGUCAGGCGUAGUCAACGUAGACGCAUCGAUAAUCACAGACUUUCUCGCACUGCUGAAGAAUUGGAGCUUUAAACCGCCUUUCGUGUAUUUUUCAUCUUAAAAGAAUAAUUAUUUCCUUCUGGAAAAAGACUGUAACUUCUACGGUAAUUUAUUGAUAAUAAUCGUAUCAAAUAACUCUUUCACGUCCAGUCAUUUCUGUAAUAAGCCCUAUGUUUGCUGUUUUCAUGUCGCGCGUAAUAAAAUUUUCUAUCGGUAUAAUAGAGAUCAGGUAAUUUAUACAUAAAAAGUUUAUUUAAAGAUAUCAUAGGGAAGGUGCACAAAAUACGUAACAUCCAAAAGUCACAAGUUUCAAAAGUUUAACUUUCAAAAUGAAAUAAAAAUAUAUAUUACAGUUAAAACUAAACACGGUGUAAGUUAAGAAUUUUGUCAGGAAUAAGGAAGAAAAGUGACUCUAUGUUUAUCAUACUGAAUUAGAUGUGAGUGUAUAAAUAUUUUUAUAGUAAUUUUAAAAAAUUGAACUAUUGUGAUGGAAACAAAUAUUGAAAAUUUCGUGACAUUCUUUUAUUUUUCGAAAAACUAAGUAAUCAUCAAGUUAGCAAACAAAGUUUGAACGCUCAAAGAGAAUUGUGAUUCAGAAAAAUUGAAUAUGAAAAUACAUUGUCUUUCAUAAUAUUUAUAUACAUACUAUAGACAGCCAUUUAAUUGCAACUCAUUAAUAACAAAACAUUCAAUAUAUUUUAAAUUUUGUUUAAUUUGAUUUAAAAAUUAACUUAAUUGCCAUUAUAUUCAUACUCGUUUACUCUAAAUAAAUGAUUCACAUAUGCAUAUACAAUGUAAUGGAAUUAACAUACAUUAGUUGAUGUUCAAUUGGUGUUAAAAAAUGCAGACAUUUCACAGUAAUUGCCAAAAUUUCAAGUCUGCAAACGUGAAAGAGUUAAUUAAAAGAUUAACAUUUGUAAGAAUAUUUACAGUAUAAUUGCAAAAUUCGUAAAACUCAAAAAUUUAUCAAAAUUUAUAUGGAAUACUGAUAUACGCAUAAGCCAUUAUGUCUACAGUUCUAUAUACCUUUACCAAGAACUAGAUCACUUUCAGUUAAUAAAUACAACUAAUUCAUUAGAAUUUUUAGCAAAUGGAAACAAAUUGCCGAAAUUCUAGUAAUUGUAUAAUGUGUUUCCAGUCUGUUAUAUAAAGUGUUAGUAAAAAAAAACUAACUUAGGAACGCAUGUUCAGAAAAGAAAUUGUAUAAUUAUUUUUGCAUUGUUUUUCAUACUUAUCUUUAAAGAAUUAGACUUGAAAAUUGUUUCCAUUUAAUUAUUGUUGAUUGUUAUAUGCGCUUAAGAUGUUUAUAAUUUUUAAAUGUAAUUGAUAUGUGUUAGUCAUUUGUUUGAGAAAAUAUCUAAGGGAAGGAGGAGAUGGAAAAUCAGGUAAUAUAAAGCGCAUUUAUUUUGAAAUGGAAUUUAAGUAUUAAUUUAAAUAUAUCUGAAACGACUGCCGACAAACUACAGGUACUAAUUAAGUCACAUUCCAUCGAUCUGGGAAACCAAAUCACCUCAUACAGUUUAACGACAGAACAACUAUUUUGCGCAAAAAGUUACAAAUGUUGCACGUAAUUACAGUAAAAUUUCGAAAGUUCCAAAAAGCAAAUCUUGUAGCAUAUUUUUCUGAAGAUCUGAAAGUCAAUUGUCCGAUAAUCUUUAUUAAAGUAGUAUAAUUAAGUAGCAAAUGGAUAAUAGUGCAGUUUAGACUUGUCAUGAAAUUUUUUUAAAGAAUCUCUUAUUUUGUAAUAUGUAACACAUAGAGUUAGCACAAACUUAGUACAUUCCGUCAAGACCUCAAGAUGCGCUCAAUAUACCGAUAAAUACAAACUAGAAUUUAAAACAGUCGUUUCUACUAUAACGCAUACAAAGAAACAUUUCAAUUACAUUGUAUGUGAAUAAAAUAGACUAGAUCAAAAUAGAACACGUACCGACAAUUACUGAUAAUCAAAGUGAUAAAACACACAAUUCAAUUAAUAAUAAUGUGUGCGAGUAUAGAAGCUAAACCAGUUUAAAUUUGCUGGCAUUACAAUCUACAUCGAGAUAUUGCAUUACAAAACAAAAUUAUUAUGUUUAGAUAAUUUUUCAUAUAAACAUGAAUGAAGGGAAAUCAUUUAAAAUAUUGUAGUACAUUUUCAAAUUGUAAUUGAUUCCUAAAAGUCUGGCCUAAAAUAGAACGUUAUAGUCGGGUCGACUGCAGUAGCAAACGUAAUUUCGCGUUGUCCAUUACUGAAUAUCUCAAAAUAUAGUUAUCAGAAAAUAACUAAGCAUACAAAUUAUCUUUCAGAGUAUUUUGAAAUGUAUUGUCAAGCAGUCUGAAUAACAUUACGUGCAAACUUUCUACAUGCCUUUUUCUGGGUGAUUUUACAUAUCCCAAAUUUUUUGGAUAAUAAUAAAAUUAUAUUUUCACUUUUGUACGGUUUUGAUAUUAUAUAUUACCCGUAAAACAAUGUAAAUAUAACUGUAAUAUAACAAAUACGUUAGUAGUUAUAAAAAAAAAUGUAAUUAGUACUAAUAGUAGACGAAUUGACAAUGUGAUGUUUAGAUAAGUAUAACAUCUGUAUGUUAUUAAUAUUACAUAAGUAAUAUUACUCGUUGCUAAACUGCAAAAACCAAUUUCAAUUGAUUGCAACAACAGAAAAAUAAAACGUAUCUUAUGUAUUUUUUGCAAACAUGUAAAUAUUGUGCAUUUUAUUAAAUAAGUAAUACAAAAUAGGCAUGUGCUUCACUUUGUAUAAAAUUUAUUACAAAUAAAAAUGAUACCAAUGUAUAAAUACAAGUAUCUAUACGUAUAUAAUCAUUGAUACAUUAUUCUCUACAUUUGUGUGCCACCUUGUUUAAUCGAUGCUUCACAAGUCUAAUUUUCCAGGGAAUAUUGUGUUUCCACUUUAAUAGAUUAUCAAGGUAAAAAAUAAUUUGUAGCAAAUAUUUUUUCUGAAGUUUUAUUUAUUGUUUAUGUGAAUAGUCUACAUUAUUAUAAUAUUUCAUGUAAAAUAUGUUUAUGUACAAAUAUACAAUAUACAAAAGGCACAAUAUAUCUACAUUCUUUAGAUCAUAUAUAGUAAAAUGCAUAUAAAGUGACCCAUACGCGGUCAAACGAGAUUGUUAAUCAUGCUUAACAAUUCAGGAUUGACUGUUACUACUUAAUAUAAAUUUUUUUUAUAGUGUGGCUCGUGCAAAUUUAUAUUAUCAAGACGAUGAAUACACAAACAAUCUAUUUAAUAUUAGAACUUUCGAUUAUUCGCUUACGCUUUUACAAUAAAUGUUUAAAUACUUCGUAAAAAUAUUUUGGUGUCUCUAUAACUACAAAAUUUAUAAACUGUUGAAACGUUCAUAAUUCCAAUAUCUAAAUGAAAAAUAAUAUCUGUUUAGUUCAUUUUUGCAAAUCGCUUUAUAAACGUGUAAACCUUUUACCAGCCAGAGCAUUACUUAAUACUUUAAAAUUAAUCAUCUUGAAAUAUUUUUCAUGUCUUCAAAAACACAUUCCUAAGAGUACCCAUGUUGUGCAAGCAUCAUGAUUGACAAGUAUGUUUGAGCAUCACUUAAAAUAAAGUUCAACUAUAUGAAUGAAUAUCGAUAACAGACAGACCAGUUUUACUUCUUUUAUAUGUAUUGCAAUAUGUAACAAAAUUAUUCUUCCCAUAACAAUUUCUGAAAAUAGUAUACAAAUAAUCCACAUCAUCACCACUCAGCACUUACAAAACUGCUGUAUCGAUUUUAUUUUAACAUUAAUGUUAUUGUUAAAUCGACAAGAAAAAAUGCCAUUUUCAUAUAUGUUUAAGUAAAUUAUAAACCAAAAACUGAUACAGUAUUAUUUGUAAAUACUACUCAUUGUUUUUAUCAUAUAAAGUUUCAGUAAAAAUUCACUUUUUAUUCAUUCAUUUAUAAAAGAAAAUAAAUUUAUAUUUAUUUUAUAAUUACUUCCACUACAAUGGCUAAUUCUUUGAUAAUCUAUUCAAAGUGGUCGUAUUAAAGCAAAUGAAAUAAUAAUUAGAUGUUUACACUUAAUUUCAUGUAUUUACAGUAAAUUACAAAUAACGCUACCUCCCAAUUUUGUUCAUUGUAAAUACUAUCUGUCUUUUUAAAUUCAAUGUUACCAUUUAUGGCCAUUUAUGAAUGUUCAUCUCCCAUGAUUUGAGAAUGUAGGUAUGCUUAUAAAAGUACCUAAUGUAAGUAUUAUACAAAUCAUAAUAAACUCAUUUUAAACGUAUAUAUAUUUAUAUAUAACACUGAUGUAUCAUCGUCAACGGUAUCGUAAUCAUAGAAUAUCUAAAUUCCAUUUUUCUCUUUUUACGUAGACUGAAUUGUGUAAAAUUGAUUAAGCUGAAAGAACAGAUUAAAUCAAUCUCUGCACUUCUAAAAAUAUAAAAAUUAUUUUCUCCUUUUCGAAACAUUCUAUCACAAUGUUACUAUGUUUUCACAGUCCGCAUUACAAUAAACCUUUUUGAACAUGUUACGCAUACGACAUGCGGUGUUUUACCAUUUUUUUUCCCUUUAUUAGUUGUACAAUAGCAUGGCAGAAAACUUACAUGAUUCAUAGUGUGAUGUAAUUGGUAUAUAAAACAUUUAGUAACAGUUUCGUUCACAUUGCAAAUAAAUUUCUAAUAAAGUCAACAAUACUUGCUCUGAAUUGAUUACAAAAAUAUAUGUUAUAUUUAAGUUUUACUGAAAUGAAGUAUAUAUGCAAAAAAUGAUGUAAGUAUCCUGAAAAUUUCCUACAAGAUAGCGACAUUUUACAUACAUAUUAUAUCUACAUGAAGUCCCAAGUAUGAUUAUCCACAGUAUAUUUUCCCCUAAAAUAUUUGUAUAAAAAUUCCAAAUAUCAUUCUUAGCAAAUGUUGAUAGUAAUAAAGGCCUUGAAAACCAGAUGUCCAGGCAUUCAAUAAUUAACAAAUUAGUUAUCAAAUAUGUAGGUACCUACUAUUACUAUAAACCAAACACACAUUAUAAUUAAUGAGAUAGUGACAUUGAAACCAAUUUUUUCAUACAAUAUUAUUAAAAAUAUAGUAAGCUUAAUAAUGUUCCAUCACACAAAAAUAUUAAAAAAUAACAAUGCUAAUAAAUCAGUAAGAGAUUGUACCAAAGAUUUCAGUAUACUAACAUAAAUUGUUUAACUAUAAAUUUAAUAUAAUUUUAUGUAAUAAAAUGUAGCAAUCUGAAUUCUCAUUAUAAUAAGAUAAUUACCAAAAUUUAGUCAAAAUAAUUUGUAUUAAAAUAUUCGUAGAUAAGAAAAUUGGUUUUUCAGACAUUAGAUGACUGAUAAAUGUAAUCUAUGAAAAUUUACAUAAUCAACCGUUUUUAGCAAAAAGAGUAAGACUUCUUAAAAAAUUCUAAAUCCACUCAAAAAUAGUCUACAACAUAUUUCAUUGGAAAUGUUCAUUAUUGUUGCAGUUAGAUGACAACAUAAGACAACUAUUUUU